AUGGUCGCAGAGAAGGAUAUCGACGGCCAGGAAAGCCGCUUCUGGCCACGAAAGAAGCAGAAUCGCAAUUCGCAGACGGAUUCGGAGGAUUCGAUCAACAAGCGACCGGCUAAAUGGAGUCUGGGUAUCUUGAACGACAGAGAAACGGACGAAGUUCCUGGCUCUGUUUUACUGCUCUCCAAAGUAGCGAAUCGCAACGAACCCCUUGGACUUCGAAACACUCCUGCCAGAACAUCGACCUCGUCUCUACCCUCUCCCUUUCCUUAUUCGCAAUCACGUAACGGCUCCCUCACUCCUCGCUCUCGUACGGGCUCUAUCAAUCCUCGCUCACGAGCAGGCUCUCUCGUUCCUGCUACUCCGGACAAGAAACAGACUGGAGACGGCAUCGUUCUCGAACCACAACCUGAUGAGUCUCUGAAUGACCCGCUGAACUGGCCGAAAUGGCGCAGAGAUUGCGCCCUGCUGUCUCUGGGCUUCUUCUGCAUGCUCGGUGGAGGUAUGACGCCGGUCCUCGCUGCAGGCUUCGCCAAUGUAUCGCAAACAUACGGCGUCACUGUGCCCGAGGUUGCUCUGACCACUGGUCUUUAUAUGCUGGGCCUUGGUCUUGGUAGUGUCAUCGCCUCGCCUACCGCUAUUCUAUAUGGCAAAAGACCAGUGUAUCUUGUCGCAUCAGUCGUCUUUGUACUGUCUGCUGUUUGGUGUGCUCUGUCGCCCAACUACAUUUCUCUGGUACUUGCACGCAUCUUCAUGGGCCUCGCUGUCAGUCCCGUUGAGUGUCUUCCCUCUGCAACCAUUGCAGAGAUCUACUUUUUGCACGAGCGUGCCUACCGAUUGGGUGUAUACACUCUGCUGCUUCUUGGUGGUAAGAACCUCAUCCCGCUGGUGAGUGCCGCCAUCAUACAGUCGCUUGGCUGGCGAUGGGUCUUUUGGAUCGUCGCCAUAGUAGUCACGUUCGGUGCUAUCUUGUUGUUCCUCUUUGUCCCUGAAACAUUUUGGGACCGCACACCGAGGCCGUCUCGACACAACAAGAAUCACAGACCAAGGCUUAUGAGUAACAUCUCGCUGGCUUCCAUCUUCCAUCGCGGCCAUGCCGAUACGCAUACGCAUGAGGCUGCGCCUGAAGUGGAGAAGGGCGAAAAGUACGACCUGUCUAACACUGAGAGCCCCACCAAGACGAAAGGAGAGAAGCGGUUGUCAAGACAUGCGCAUUUCAACGAGCCUGCCAGUGAUGAUGACGAGAUCGCUCCUGGAGAUGCUGAAAAGCCAAAUGUACCUGCAUUGAAUCUCCCGACUCCUGAAGCUUCCGAGACUCCUGAGCAUCCUCAAACACCACUCAGAGUCCAGACAGAUGCUUCUCUGCAACCUCUCUCACCUGGCUUGCAGCCUGUCUCGUCUGGAGCUCAGCUCUCGCCUCAGACGAGCACGCUAUCGCCCCAGGCGAGUGCACUAUCACCUCAGGCGAGCGCACUAUCGCCGGGAUCGGCGCAUUUCUCUCCAGGACCCCAACACUUGUCGCCAGGAGACGACCCGUUCGUGUCCUAUAGACCUACCUCCGGACACAACCACACGAGAUCCAACAGCGCCCAAUUCGACAGCGUCCCUCCUUCUCCCGGCCUCUACGUCGACCCAAGCCACCCCGGCUCUGGCUAUACUUCGUUCUACCGCUCUGCACCCCCAAAGUCAUUCGUCCAGACCUUGAAACCCUACGCCGGCCGCCUCUCCCAAGACAACUGGUUUAAAGUCGCCCUCCGCCCCUUCAUCCUCUUCGCCUACCCAGCCAUCCUCUGGUCAUCCCUAGUCUACGCAUUAUCUGUAGGCUGGCUGAUCGUCCUCUCCGAAUCCGUCUCUGAAAUCUACAAAUCCCGCUCUACCUACAACUUCACCUCCCUCCAAGUCGGCCUCAUCUACAUAUCCCCUUUCAUCGGCGGCAUCCUCGGAACAGCAGUGGCAGGCCGCUUCUCAGACGUAAUCGUACGCUGGAUGGCCCGCCGCAACGACGGCGUCUACGAGCCCGAAUUCCGCCUCCUCAUGGCCAUCCCCGUCACCAUCUCCACAGUCAUCGGCCUCAUGGGCUACGGCUGGAGCGUCGCCGAACACGACGCCUGGAUCGUCCCCACCGUCUUCUUCGGCAUCAUUUCCUUUGGCUGUUGUGUAGGCAGCACCACCGCAAUCACUUUUGCCGUAGACUCUUAUCGCCAAUACGCUGGUGAAGCUUUGGUGACGCUAAACUUUUCGAAGAAUAUUUUCCACGGAUUGGUGUUUUCGUUGUUUUUCAAUCGGUGGUUGGAGCACGAUGGGAGCAAGGCUGUGUUUUUGGCUCUCGGUGGCAUUCAAUUGGGAUGUUUGCUUUUCACUAUCCCCAUGUACAUCUUUGGUAAAAGAGCCAGGAUGUGGACGGUGAGGAAGAAUUUGAUGGAAAAGUUUUAG